GCGGGGCGUCCUGGGCGGAAGAGGAGGUGACUGUGGGCGGGGCUAGCGGGGCGGUCGGACGCCGGGAGGGGCCGACUGGAUCUCGGUCCCCCCGCCAGAUGUAGGGCGUUGACGGCCAGAGAGCGCUGCGGGUCUCAGAGGUCCCGCUGCUGCCGGAUCCGGGCAGGUCCCUGCAGCUCUCGCCGCCCCCGGCCCUCACCGACCGCCAUGGCCCAGCCGCCGCCCGAUGUCAGUGAGGACGAGUGUCUCCCUGAGUACCGCCAUCUCUUCUGCCCCGACCUGCUCCGGGACAAAGUGGCCUUCAUCCCAGGUGGUGGCUCUGGGAUCGGGUUCCGGAUUGCUGAGAUUUUUAUGCGGCACGGCUGCCACACAGUCAUCGCCAGCAGAAGCCUUCCAAGAGUGUCAAAGGUCCGGAAGCCACAGGGCUGCUGGCCACCUCUCUUCCUGUCUGGCUUCCAGGCUGCCAGAAAGCUGACUGCCGCCACUGCCCGGCGGUGCCUCCCUUUAUCUCUGGACGUUCGGGCCCUCCCAGCCGUCGCAGCUGCCGUGGACCAGGCACUGAAGGAGUUUGGGAAAAUCGACAUUCUUGUUAACUGUGCAGCUGGAAACUUCCUGUGCCCUGCCAGCGCAUUGUCCUUCAAUGCUUUUAAGACCGUGAUGGACAUCGACACCUUGGGCACCUUCAACACAUCUCGUGUGCUUUAUGAAAAGUUCUUCAGGGACCAUGGAGGGGUGAUCGUGAACAUCACUGCGACCCUGGGUACCCGGGGGCAGGUGCUUCAAGUGCAUGCAGGCUCUGCCAAAGCAGCUGUGGAUGCAAUGACACGGCACUUGGCUGUGGAGUGGGGUCCCCAGAACAUCCGUGUCAACAGCCUCGCCCCUGGCCCCAUCAGUGGCACAGAAGGGUUCCGGCGGCUGGGUGGCCCCCAGGCCAGGGCUGGCACUAAGACUCUGGCCAUCCCCCUCCAGAGGCUGGGCAACAAGACAGAGGUCGCCCACAGCGCACUGUACCUGGCCAGCCCUUUGGCGUCCUACGUGACGGGGGCCGUGCUGGUGGUUGACGGCGGGGCAUGGCUGACAUUCCCCAAUGACAUCAAGUUGCUGGAUGAUUUCACAUCCUUCUCUGCGAAGCUCUAGGCUGACAUGUCUCAGUGCCCAUGGGAUGUAGGCUACUGGACAGCGGGAGGGUGUGGGCCCCAGGCUGGCCCCCCAGUCACUGGGAUGAGGAACACUCAUCUUGGGGAGCUCUAGGAGAUUGCGGAAGGGGCUGAUGGUGCCCACCCCCUGGAGAUGCACAAGGCCCGGCUGCCUGCUGCCCUCUAUGGGCACUGAUGUGGACCUGCAGCAUUCUUCCUACCCUAGACUGGCCACUCAGGGCUGCUGCCCAGGAGAUGUACAGGAGGCAGAAGCUGGUGCCCCUCAGCCUUCCCCUGUGACCUUGGCAUCUGCUGGAGUUUCUGACAGGCACAGGAUGGCUGAAGCAAAGGAGCCGUUCUGAAGGGAAGCUGGUCCACAGUCCCCCUGGGACUCCUCCUGCAGUGCUCCUCCCACCACCAAACUGGACAAUCUCUGCAGCAUCUAAAUCAGAGACUGGCCCCUCCUCUGGGAAUUGUGCUGUGUCCACAUUCCCUCCCCAUGGCCCCAUCUCCCGUGCUCAGGUGGGAGUGACCUGGCAGUGAGGCCAUCUGCUCACCUGGAUGUCUGCCAGGGGGAGUCUGACAUUCUGGAGCUCCCUUGGGAGUUGACCUGAGGUCUGUGGCUGUUCCCCCUGUCUGCCCUGCCUUGCCCCGGCCUGGGAGGACUUUGUUGUCCUCCUGCCUGUGUCCCCUGGGUGCCCUGAGGUGGCUCCACUGCUUGGCUGCAGAAACCGGGGCAUCUCAGGCUCCCUGUCUUCCCUUCCUGGCUCUUCCACUUGGGGAUCUUACUCCACAAGGGGAAGCCAGACCAGGGAGGCUAGAGAAGCAGGUUUGAUCCCUCCCAGCCCAGGCGUGGGGUCCUGGAUCUCCUCGCCAGGGUGUUGGGCUACAGAUGGGAUUCCCUGGCCAGGGGACACCCAUCCCUCUCAGCCGUUGGUGACAUGGACCGGUUGUCCCCCACCUGCCCUGGAAUCUGUCCUUUGCUGGGACAUCCCCGUGGACUUAGUCCUGCGCCAUUCCGGGCCCAACUUUCUAGGUCCUCCACCUGGCACACAGCCCCCUCCUCCCUGUCUGUACCACCAGUUGACAUAAGCAUAGGUCGUAGCAUUUUGCCAAUAAAUGCAUUUCCCUAAAAGUAUUCUUUUUACUAUGAGACA